AGGAGGAGGCAGCGAGAUGUUCGGGCUUUUAUUCUGAAGCGGGACCCGGAAGCUGGUGUGCGGUGGUCUGUGGCGCGUGACAGUCUGGCUGCGGCCGCAGAGAAACGGAGCGCAGCUGCAUUCUGCGGAUUUUCUGGUUCUGCUGAAGAAACCUGCAGCUGGAUCCGGAUUGAUCCCGAAGAGGAGAGUCCGGAGCGGGCCGAACCGAACUAAGCCGGACCAGAUCAGACCCGAAUACAGACAGACAGAGACAGGCUGCUUCAUCUCCUCCUGCAGAGCCGGCCGGAGUCUUCCUCACCGAUGCUGAGUGUCUGUUCCCUCCAGGACAAUCUGACCCAGGAUCAGUGAUGCUGGCCGGCGUUUCAGUGUUCGUGUGACGUCUACAGGGACUCGAACCUGUGAGGUGGAUCCAACAUGGCCGCUGUGUGUGGCGCCUCAUCAGCAUUAACAGUGUGUGUGUGUGUCCUGCUGCUGCCUGCUGUGACCGGUUUUCAGUCAGAGGACAGAGAGUGUGCCUUCACUGACCACCUGCAGGGGGCGGAGCCUCACAGUGGACCGACCAAUGAGCUGCGAGGAGUGGUGCGAGAAAAUGGCACGAUUCGCUGCAGCCGCGGCUCCCGCUGCUAUGGAUUGUGGGAAAAAAGACCAGACGGGGAAAUACACCUGGUCAAGCAAGGUUGCUGGACUCACAUCGGGAACCAGCAGGAGUGUCAUGGCGACCGUUGCCUGGUAACAGCGACACCCUCUCAGAUCCAGAACGGCAGCUACCGUUUCUGCUGCUGCAGCCAAGACCUCUGCAACGCCAACUUCAGCGAGGCCCCGCCCACCGCCGACACCCCCGCCCUGAGGCUGAUGAAGACAGACAGGCGGGACGACAGGCAGACAGAUCACCAGCCACUGCGGCGGGAGGAGACGGCGCUGAUCGCCCUGGUAACCGUCGCCAUAGCAGCCAUCGUCAUCAUAGCGUUGUUCCUGGGAUACCGUAUGAUGAAAGGGAAGCAGAAACACAGUCUGUCGGCUCUGGAUGUGAUGGAAGCAGUAAACACAGACGCUGCUGUCGACCUGGAUAACCUGAAACUACUGGAGCUGAUUGGUCGAGGUCGUUACGGCACGGUGUUUCGCGGGUGUCUCAACGAGCGCUGCGUGGCCGUCAAACUCUUCAGCUCGCCCAACCGACAGAACUACGCCAACGAGCGCUCCAUCUACUGUCUGCCGCUGCUGCAGCAACACGACAACAUCGCCCGCUUCCUGACCGCCGACGAGAGGACGACGGCCGACGGACGACCAGAGUUCCUGAUCCUCAUGGAGUUCUACCCACAUGGCUGCCUGUCUCGCUACCUGUCUCUCCACACAGUGGACUGGCCCACCUGCUGCAGGAUGACUCACGGUGUCACCAGAGGACUCGCCUUUCUGCACACUGAACUCUGCAGAGGAGACCAGUACAAACCAGCGGUGGCCCACAGAGACGUGACCAGCAGGAACGUUCUGGUCCGAGCCGAUCUGUCCUGCGUCCUCGCCGACUUCGGCCUGUCCAUGAGGCUGACAGGAAGCCGGCCCUGUCGCCCCGGAGACGACGACACCAUGGCCAUAUCUGAGGUGGGGACGGUGCGGUACAUGGCUCCGGAGGUUCUGGGUGGAGCGCUGAACCUCCGGGACUGUGAGGCGGCGCUGAAGCAGGUGGAUGUUUAUGCUCUGGGUCUGCUCUACUGGGAGAGCUUCAGGAGGUGCUCACACCUGUUCCCAGGUGAAGCAGUACCAGAGUACCAGCUGGCGUUCCAGGCGGAGUUGGGGAAUCAUCCGAGCUUCGAGGAGAUGCAGAUCCUCGUUGCCAGAGAGAAGCACAGACCCAGAUUCCCUGAAGCCUGGAAGGAGAACAGCCUGGCGUUGCGUUCCCUGAAGGAGACGAUGGAGGACUGCUGGGAUCAGGACGCUGAAGCUCGACUCACCGCUCAGUGUGCAGAGGAGAGACUGUCUGAACUCACACUGCUGAGCACACACACUGCAGUACACAACCACAGGAAUCUGUCUCACGGCCGCUGGCCUCCUCCGGUUGGCUCCGCCUCCUCCUACAUCGAGGAUCUCCAGGUGGGCGUGGUCAAAAAUCUCCAGGGAGAAGGCCACCCAGCAUCAGUCGUCAAGAUGACCACGAGCGGAGCAGAAGGUGCUGAAAAGAACAGAAACUCCAUCAACUACGAACGGCAGCAGGCACAGAGUCAGGCUUGGUCGUCCAGUUCUGACAGCAACGUGUCGACUACCACUGUCCUGACGCCUGCCAGCAUCCUCUGCAGCAUCUCCGAGUCUGAACACACCGGUGGCGCUGUGCCCAGUGUCCCAGUCUGCCUGCAGCUGACAGAAGAAGACCUGGAGGCCUCCAAAUUCAACGCCAAAGAGGUUGAUAAGAACUUGAGGGAAAGUUCUGAUGAAAACUUGAUGGAACAUUCACAGAAACAGUUCGGUUCAACAGAGCAACAAACUACCAACCUGCUGUACCAUCAAAUCCUACAAACUGCUGAGGCUAAAAAUUCUGUGCUGACUCCUGAACUGGGGGGUGUUGCUGGGGUUGAUACCCCUCCCUUCUCCUCCAUCCACCCCCUCCCCAAACAGCAGAACCUGCCCCAGAGGCCCACCAGCCUCCACUUUCUCCCCAAAACCAAGGAGACCACCUCGGCCUCUUCUCGACUUAAGCUAGGAAAGCUCAAGUCAAACCACAGACAGGUGGAAACAGGUGUUGCUAAGAUGAACACGGUAACAGUUGCCACAGCUGUAGAGCCCCACCUGGUAACCACGGUGACUAACAACACCAGCACGAAAGGCAGUGUUGAAACUGGGAACCGAGUCCACCCGAUAAUGGUGGUCGCCAAUGGCUACAGUGCGGGAGUCCCCACCCUGGUGACGAAUGGUGUGAUAGGCGGAGGUCGAACAAAUCUGGCAGGGCCGCAGCUGGAGGAGGAGGACAAGAUGGAGGGAGGGAUAAUCGGAGGAGAGGACAACCGUAUGAAUCUGCUCAACUCCAGUCCUGAUGAACAUGAACCACUGCUGAGAAGAGAACAGCCGCCUGAUGAGAGCGAACCCCUUCCUCAUAUGCAUCAUCAUCAUCAGUCACGACCUGGAAACAUCCUGAUGGGACGAGGCUCAAACUCCAACAACAACAACAAUAGGAUAGCAUUGGGAUCAGAUGUCAAGAUCCAGGUUUUAGAGGUUGAACCUGAAAGGAUAAUUAGUUCAGGGGUCAGUCAGGGUAGGGGCGUCAACAGUCCUAAACUUGGGUCACACCCGGCAAGUCAGCAGAUCAGUGGAUCCCCUGCUACUGCUCCAGUUUCAAAUCUGGAAAAUAAAAUUCUUCUUUCUGGUCCAGCAGGACGAUCUACAUCUGGCCAUGCCUCAACACCACAGGCCCCUCUCACUGGCCAGGAUAGAAGUCAAGGCUCAGAUACAGGCCCAUGUGUCCAGAGAGCCCUUUUUGCAGAACCAGUACUGACCACUCAAACCACCAGAAGCCCAAAGGCUCAUCUGGUCCAAUCUACUGCGACUGCACUGGUCCCAGGCUGCAGAGAUCCAGAUUCUGGCUCAGCUCCAAGCUCAGCAAAAGCUUCAGAAGUGCUAGGUCCAGAAAUUCAAGCCCUAAAAGCUCCAGCCUCAGACCCAGAAGCUCCAGUCCUAGAAGCUCCAGUUGUGGAUCCAAAAGCUUCACCUUUAGAGGUUCCAGCCUCAGAAAAUCCAGCUCCAGAAAUUCCAUCUUUGGAAUCCCAAGAUUCAGAAACCACAGCAGAAGCUUCAACUCCAGAACCUGCAGCUCUACAAAGUCUAGCCUUAGAUCCACAAACUCUAGGUCUGCUGCGGCCCCAGAUGGGACCGGCCAAAGCCAAGAGGCCUGAGCGUCCUUGUUCCCUGGAUCUGUCCUCAUCCUGCAUCUCUUCAGAUGAUGUUUCUCUGACAGAUAACGGCAGUUUGAGCGCAUCAGGAGAGAAAAUAAAACGUCGUGUCAAGACUCCAUACACCCUGAAAAAAUGGCGUCCAGCCUCAUUGGUUGUUUCCACAGAUACAGCUCUUGACCCAGACUUUGAGUUCAACACCAGUGGCAGUAACAACAGCCAGACCCAUAUCUCUUCCGGUCUUCAUAGAGCAGGAAGCAUUGGCAUCCCCAAAAUCAAUCAGUCAAAAUCCAGCAUGGCUGUCUUUUUGGUAGGAGGUGGAGCCACGGCGACUACAACUUCUGAGCCUGAUGGAAUGACAUGCUUCUAAAGUUGUUUGAUUAAAAGUUUUCUUGUCUUUUCUUAAAGGUGAGCAGAUUAAUUUUUUCACUUCUUUGCCUUCCUUCUCUUUUGUUGUGGAAAAUGGAGAUCACUGUCUGCCGCACCAUUCAGCCUCCCCAGCACUAAACUGAACCUAACGCUAAAUCGAGGCACAUGAAAUGGCCCAUAAUAAAAUGCUCCCAGGCCGCAGCGUUGAUUUGUUGAAGUUUUUUGACAGAAGUCACCGGACAUGAAAUCCAACAGACUAUAGGAACUGUUUAUGAAAUUUCAAAACAGAGAUUUGGGGUUUGGAUUUCUUGUUGGAUCUACAUUUUCUUGAUGGACACUUUUUUGAAGGAUUGUUGCCGAUUGGCCCAGUCCUGUGACCAUUUGACCUCGGACUUUUAACCUUGUGUAGCGCAAUUGCCCAUGAUGUCCAAAAUAUAUUUGUGUUGGUGGUGAAGUGAGGGAAUUCCCUAACCUCUAGAUGAUUGGCUCCUGUUGCAACUAGUCUUGUGGCUAGUGGGUAUGGCCAGUUGUUCACAGGUGUGGCCUUGACCCUACCUGGGUAACAAAAUUGCCCUGAAGCCCAAAACUCAUUGGACUCAUUAUGUGGCUAGUGGGUGUGGCCAGUGGUUGGCAGGUGUGGCGUUGACCCUAUCUGAGGACUAUAAUUGCCCAAAAUGCAAAAUCUCUUCCUGUCGCUGGUGAAGUGAGGGGAUUCCCUGAUUUCUAGAUGGCCCCUGUUGUGACUAGUCUUGUGGUUAGUGGAUGUGGCCAGUUUCUUUUGUGUAUGGCCUUAAUCUUACCUGAGGAUUGAAAGUGACCAAGACUUCAAAAUCUCUUUUAGUUGAUAGCGAGGUUAAGGAAGCUCCUUUCUGAUAGAUAUUUGGGUUCCUGCUAUGAUUCAGCUUGUGGCUAGUAGAAGUGUUCAGUGGCUAGUCAGUGUGACUGGAGAGGAUUGUGUCAAGUCAGUAGUCAUAUUUUUUAAAGCACUUUAAACAAAGUUAGUGUUAUUUAGGGAAUUAACAAACCAUAUAAAGGACACCUCGUGCAAUUACAAUAGUAACAGUGACACUAAUCUAAGAAAUUCUGUUUGUUUUCUGUGUCUUUGUACAGUGGUUUGUAUGAUUUGAGGAGCCGUUUUUGCUUUAAACCUUAACUCUAGCUAUGCAGUCAGCUCAUGAUGCCUCCUCCUGUUGACAAUGUAUUUGGCUCAGAUUUAUCAACAGAUUGACAACAUUACUGUUGGAGGAUCUUUAUUCUUCUAAUUUGCACUUUCUUUUAUGAAGUAGUCUCAAUCGCCAUGUUAGGGCUGGAAGGACAGAGGAAGUCGAAAAGAAAAAGACGGAACAUUUGGAGAAAGCAGAAGAAAUGAAAGGAGAGAUAAGCCACAUUCCUGCAGUUUAUCAAACCAUCAGCCUUGUCACCUGCGUAACCUCCGCCAAGUACAACCUCCUCAGGUACCUUCAGAAUAUAAAGAAAGAUGAGAGGAAAAUCUGACUGAACCGUCAGAAGAAAGAAGGUGAAGGACAGAUUUGAUCCAACGGACAAAAUAGGCCUUUGAACAACUCCAAAGCUGUCUUAUUUACAUGUUGUAUUGUGUUAGUCACCAAUCCAUCCAGUCAGUUGGGUUUUGAUUGUAGAUUUAAGACAGGGCUCAAUCCAACACUGAGUUACCAGUUUAUUAGGUACAAGGGUACAAUCUAAAGGUCUCAGUAUGCUUCAAACAAAAUGCUUGUCUGAUGGUCUAACAACGUCUGACAGUGUGUUAGAAAGUAAGUAAAAUUGUGAAUUAAGAUGCUCCUGUUCGGACUUUCCUGUAAACGCUGUCUCAUUAUAAUGCAGCCCUCGAAAGAAGCAGUUACCACUCGUUGACACUAUGGGUCGCCAACAUGCAGAGUUGGUCUAGUAAAUUUAGUUUAUAAAUGAUCCACAGCACUUAUAUUAGCAUAAAACCACAGUAUAAACUGGCCCAACCUGCUUGCCGUCCGCCAGGUGUGACGACGCUGAAAAUUAGUACUUUAAGUUUGAAUUAAAUCCAAACAAGUGAUGCUCGGUGUAUGAGACAUGCCGUUUGAAAAGUGGAUCCUUAUAAUUUAUAUUUCUACGUUAUUAUUUACAAGGUAGGCCUAUAUACAUUUAGUAGUAGUAGUAGUUGUAGUAGAACAUUUAUAAAAUGUCAGAUUUUUUUGAUAGAGUUUGGUGUGACAUGUUUAUAAACAAAAGAAACAGGAGAAAUUGGUGAGAUAAUGAACUAGGAUUGAAUUAACAAAUUGUUGUCACUCCACUUUCUUCUUUUAUUUCUAUUUUUUGUUGGGGUUUUUUAUAACAAAGUGACUGUUAAUUGAAAGUUACAUUUCAUUGAACAUUUGAAAUGUUUUUUUUCGAAAGGCUGAUUUUAUAAAUGCCAAGUUGUAAUAUCUUAGAUUUCUAUAUGUAUGUAUGUGACACACACGUAACUGCUCUUUUAAAUGUGUGACUACAAUAAGUUAACUUAUUCACAUUUAGUAAGCCUUACGCACUUUAUUUCUUGCACUUUUUUAAAAUCUGGAUUUUAUUUUAUUUUCCUGUUUAUUGUCCUAAAUUUCAGAUUAGUUUUCACGCGAAUUAGGGAGCAAAAUAACAAUGAUGUUUUUUCCCUUCCUAUUCCUCACCCACACUGUUAUUUUACCUUUAUUGUAUUUUACGAUGCCUUCUAAAAUGUAUUUCCGUUUUGUUAUUUUUGUAUUUUCUACUGUUUGUACUGUUUUUAGAUAUGCUAAUGUGUACAUACGGAUGUGCCCUGAGAAUUAUUUUAUUAUUUUUCAUCAUGAAAUUUGUGAAGGCAGACACGCGUGACUUAGCCCAGAGCUAACUGUACUCUGGAACCAGGGCUAAGUGUAGAUCUCAGACAGUUACUGGUUUAGGAGGCUAACGCUACAACCAGAAGGUUAUAACUGUACUCUAGUACCAGGAUGCUAACUUGUCUGGAACCAGGGAUGACUUAAUCAAUAGAUAACUGGUCAAACAAUUAUUUCCCACAAUCAGAAUUUACCUCUAGGUUGUCACCUCGACCUGGUUUAGCUAGCUAGUUCAGGUUUAGCUAGAGUUGGCUUAGCUAGCCCUGCUCUGGAAGCUUCUAUUUAACAUUUAGGCUUCACGGUAUCCGAGAAGGAUUUGAGAACUUCAGGUGUGUUCAGACUGAGUACAAAACAAAUUUUCAGCUUCCAUCAUUCAAGGCCUCCGGAGUGUUUUUGCAGUGUUUAUUAACCCCAAACAGCCAAUGUCCGAUAUCACAGAUACUGGCUUUAGCUAGCUAGCAACGUAUGAAAAGAGUGUGUUUGUGUUCAGUCUAUCGUUUUCCCAACCAACUUUAGAUGAAGCCACGCCCACUCCCGCAUGACGAAUGCUCGACGGCUGUGUUCCCGUGGAAACCGCGCUCACGCGCUUCGUGGUAGAGAUAGUCAUCUAUACCUAUUAAAGCUACAAGAUGGGCGCGUAGUUUAUGUGAACAGUUGAACCCCCCAGCCAGUCUCUAUCAAAAACAGCGAGUUUGACCGCAGUGGAAAACCUGCGCUUCAUGAGCGCUAAGACUGACGCACAAACUGAAUUACGUCACUUCAGUUGCUCUCGUGCCAACAAGCUAACAUUACUAAAGUCUUUGAAGUGGCUGCAUUCAAAUAAGCUGAGAAAGGAGGCGACUUCCUGUCACAGUAACAGCUAGCUAUACAGGCUAAACUCAUUAUUAUCGUGAAGGACUGUCUCACCUGCCAGUUAUAACUUUAUAAAUGAUAAGCUAAUAAAACACGUAAUACAGCCUCAAACUGUAAACUCAUAGUGCUUCAGAAGGAGCGUUUCCCACAACUCCCCACUGAACAUGCAGUUAUAGCACGCUAGCUAGCUAAUUCUUGUCUUCUUGUGGUCUGAUCAACAGUAAAUUCAUCAAAUUCAGCGCCCCGUAUCGCUAUUUUCCAAACUACUGUAGCUGCCAUAUUUGGCGGGACCCGCGGGAGCGCGGUUUCCAUGGGAACGCAGCCGUUGAGGCUUUCGUCAGAUUGGUUGUAAAAACGAUAGACGCUGCAACCUGAACUCGCUGUUAUGGACUGGAAUUAGCUUGAAUUUUUAACUUAAGCAGAAACAUUUUCAACUCGCGCUGUAUUUGCGCCGCUCGUGUCUUUGCUUUGACUUUAUACGCGACCACUCCUCCUAUUUAGCCUUCUGCUAACCGGUUCAGGGUGGAAACGGCCAAAAUCAGUUCAGGGUGAACGUUUGUCUCGCUGAUAAUGCUAACGCUGAACUGAAAAUGUGCCAGAAAACGUCUAUAAUGGUGAGUUACCCCUUUAAAGUCAUUUACUGUAGCUUAUAUAGUUAUCAUAAUGCUCAAUAAAUAGCAUCUACACAUCAUCUGUAUUACUAGGAUUCAUAGUUUAGCCUCCUGCAUGAAAUAUCACACCGCUUAAAUGUUAUUUAUAUUAUUUCUGAUGUCUCUAGCUGUCAGAAGCUGUUUUUUAUCUCUGCUCGAUCAUAUCCGAGUUACUGUAUCAUAUUUUCGACAGUACAGACGCAGGAUGGGGAGUUUCUGCCACGGCUAACAGUGUAUAUUGUAGAUAAAAGCCCAUAAUAUUUAGUUUAACUGCUGUUUGUCCUCUGGUUCCUGGUGAUUCUGGGACGUUUGAGUUUCCCUGUCUGUUGUUGAAUAUGCUGUGUAUUUCUUUGGUUAUCCACGUGUAUUUAUGUAUGAUAGUUUUGACUUUAGUGUAAGUACUCUGAAUACAUUAUUACACAUUGUAUACUUUCAUAUGGGACCAAUUACCACAGCUGUGUACUGAUAGUGUUGUAUUCUGCAAGCUCGAAAGUCACAAUCCUUCUUACUGUUAACACGCAGCACUCACACAAAGCAUGCUGUACAGUCCUACAGAUUAUAAAUCAACUUUGGUGGUUCAUACAAAGAGUUUCAUCCCAACAUGUUGUAAAUCCACGCAGAGGAAACAUAAAAAUACCACAAGCUCAAGUUCAUCACUGAAUAAAGUUCAGAGGAUCCAGCGUG